GCGGACCGUUUUGGUUCAUUGUGUGUUGGUAUCUUUAAGCUUUUGUUGUACGAAAGACGCGGAUUUACAGGAAACGGAAAGUAGGAGACAGACCGUGAGAAGAAAAACUGAAUGAGACGAAAGUAUCAACUGUAGAAACCCUUCUCACUCACUCGACGCGGAGAUACGUGCAAAUACGAAGAAGAGAGAAUAAAAACAGGGAAAAAAAAGAAAAGGUGAUAAAAAAGUUGCAAAAGAAACAGAACUCAAGAGAGAAAAACAGAGAAGAGUGAAGAGAGAGUAUCGAGAGGAGAGAGAAAAUAAAGAGGGGGUCUGCUUUUAAAGCAGGAAUUUUGUAAUGUCAAAAGAUUCUGAGGAGAUAAAGACGGUUGAGCAGUGGACAUGGCCGGAAAUGCAGGGUCUGGAGCUCGUGUCUGCUGAGACAAGUGAAUUUAAAGGAGAAGUAGAACCGACGCAGAUAAAACCCAAGGUAGCCCAGGAGGUAGAGACUAGAGUAGUCCAGGAUAGUGAGGAUAGAGGACAGAAGGGGAAAAUGGAGCCUUCUGAGGGGAAGAAGGAUACUGAGGAAAAGUCUGGUCGAACUCCUCCUUCGGUGGGUUUUCGAGAGCUCCUUAGAUUUGCAGAUGGGUUGGAUUGUGUUUUAAUGGCCAUUGGUUCGACUGGAGCAAUCAUUCAUGGCUGCUCCUUGCCAUUGUUUCUUCGUUUCUUUGCCGAUCUUGUGAAUUCUUUCGGGUCGAAUGCUAACGAUCAGGAUAAGAUGGUGCAAGAAGUUGUGAAGUAUGCAUUCUACUUUCUUGUGGUAGGAGCAGCAAUUUGGACAUCUUCGUGGGCAGAGAUAUCAUGUUGGAUGUGGACGGGAGAGAGGCAAUCGACCAAGAUGAGGAUCAAGUACCUUGAAGCUGCUUUGAACCAGGAUGUACAGUUCUUCGAUACACAGGUUCGAACUUCUGAUGUCGUUUUCGCCAUCAAUACAGACGCCGUGCUGGUCCAAGAUGCCAUUAGCGAGAAGUUGGGUAACUUCUUGCAUUACCUUGCGACAUUUGUGUCUGGAUUUGUGGUAGGUUUCACUGCAGUGUGGCAGCUAGCCCUUGUCACACUUGCUAUCGUUCCUAUCAUCGCUUUAAUUGGAGCCAUCCACACUACCACAUUGGCCAAGCUCUCUUCAAAGAGCCAGGAAGCUCUUUCCCAAGCAGGAAAUAUAGCAGAACAGACUAUAGUUCAAAUACGGACGGUUCUUUCCUUUGUUGGUGAAUCGAGAGCAUUAGAAGCUUACUCAUCAGCGUUACGGGUGGCUCAGAAGCUUGGUUACAAGAGCGGAUUCGCAAAAGGAAUAGGACUUGGGGCCACAUAUUUCACCGUUUUCUGCUGUUAUGCCCUUCUUCUGUGGUAUGGGGGUUAUCUGGUUAGACAUCAUUUUACCAAUGGAGGACUUGCCAUAGCCACCAUGUUCUCGGUUAUGAUAGGUGGACUGGCUCUGGGACAGUCCGCUCCGAGCAUGACUGCAUUCACUAAGGCAAAAGUUGCGGCUGCAAAGAUCUUUCACAUUAUUGAUCAUAAACCAGGAAUCGAUCGGAACACAGAAUCUGGUUUAGAGUUGGAAUCAGUCUCAGGCCAGGUGGAGCUUAAGAAUGUUGAUUUCUCAUAUCCAUCCAGGCCAGAUGUUUGUAUCCUUUCCAAUUUCUCCCUGAAUGUUCCGGCAGGGAAGACCAUAGCAUUGGUGGGAAGCAGUGGCUCUGGCAAGAGCACUGUUGUCUCCCUCAUUGAGAGAUUCUAUGAUCCUACUUCAGGGCAAGUUUUGCUAGAUGGGCGUGACAUAAAGACACUCAAGUUGAGAUGGCUGAGGCAACAGAUAGGGCUUGUGAGCCAAGAGCCCGCUUUGUUUGCAACCACAAUUAAAGAAAACAUGCUCUUGGGUAGGCCUGAUGCGACCCAAGUUGAGAUGGAAGAGGCUGCCAGAGUUGCUAAUGCCCAUUCAUUUAUAGUCAAGCUUCCUGAAGGCUAUGACACUCUGGUGGGGGAGAGAGGGUUGCAACUCUCAGGAGGCCAGAAGCAGAGGAUAGCCAUAGCAAGGGCAAUGCUGAAGAACCCAGCAAUCCUACUCUUGGAUGAGGCAACAAGCGCCCUGGAUUCAGAGUCAGAGAAGCUGGUGCAGGAAGCCCUUGACCGGUUCAUGAUAGGGAGGACAACUCUGGUCAUUGCCCACCGGUUAUCUACCAUCCGCAAGGCUGACCUCGUUGCUGUCCUCCAGCAAGGCAGUGCCUCUGAAAUUGGGACUCACGAUGAGCUCAUUGCCAAGGGCGAAAAUGGUGUCUAUGCUAAACUCAUCCGAAUGCAAGAAAUGGCUCAUGAAACUGCUCUUAACAAUGCCAGAAAAAGUAGUGCAAGACCUUCUAGUGCCAGAAACUCUGUAAGCUCGCCCAUAAUUGCCAGAAAUUCAUCAUAUAGUCGAUCUCCAUACUCACGCCGACUCUCUGACUUCUCCACCUCUGACUUUAGUUUCUCAGUUGAUGCCUCCCAUCCCAAUUACCGGAUGGAGAAGCUUGCCUUCAAAGAACAAGCCAGCUCCUUCUGGCGCCUUGCCAAGAUGAAUUCUCCUGAAUGGGCCUAUGCUUUGGUUGGCUCUGUUGGUUCGGUCGUCUGUGGAUCGAUAAGUGCUCUCUUUGCUUACGUCCUCAGUGCCGUCCUUAGCGUCUACUACAACCCAGAUCAUGCUUACAUGAGUCGAGAGAUUGGGAAGUAUUGCUAUCUUCUGAUUGGAGUCUCAUCGGCAGUUCUUCUCUUCAACACACUACAACAUUUCUUUUGGGAUGUUGUGGGAGAGAAUCUCACGAAACGGGUGCGGGAGAAGAUGCUGAAGGCUGUACUGAAGAACGAAAUUGCAUGGUUUGACCGUGAGGAGAACGAGAGUGCGAGGAUUGCAGCAAGGCUGGCUCUUGAUGCCAACAAUGUCCGAUCAGCAAUUGGAGACAGGAUUUCAGUUAUCAUGCAAAAUUCAGCCCUCAUGCUCGUUGCUUGCACAGCUGGGUUCAUUCUGCAGUGGCGACUUUCCCUCGUCCUCAUUGCUGUAUUCCCCGUUGUUGUUGCUGCCACCGUUUUGCAGAAAAUGUUCAUGAAAGGCUUCUCGGGUGACUUGGAAGCUGCUCAUGCCAAGGCAACGCAGUUAGCAGGCGAGGCUGUGGCAAAUGUCAGAACUGUUGCCGCAUUCAAUUCAGAGGCAAACAUAGUCGGCCUCUUCUCCUCCAGCCUCGACUCACCCCUGAGACGCUGUUUUUGGAAGGGACAGAUUGCUGGAAGUUGCUACGGAGUAGCACAGUUCUUACUCUAUGCCUCGUAUGCUCUUGGAUUAUGGUAUGCGUCCUGGCUGGUGAAGCACGGUAUCUCUGAUUUCUCAAAAACAAUCAGAGUGUUCAUGGUCCUCAUGGUGUCUGCCAAUGGCGCGGCUGAGACGCUCACUCUCGCUCCUGACUUCAUCAAGGGUGGUCGUGCCAUGCGCUCAGUCUUCGACCUCCUUGAUCGUAAGACAGAAAUUGAACCAGAUGACCCUGAUUUUACACCUGCACCAGACAGCCUAAAAGGUGAAGUCGAAUUCAAGCAUGUCGAUUUUGCCUACCCAUCCCGCCCUGACGUGCAAGUCUUCCAAGACCUCAGCCUACGUGCCCGAGCGGGCAAAACACUCGCCCUUGUUGGUCCAAGUGGGUGUGGCAAGAGCUCUGUUAUUGCGCUUGUGCAACGAUUCUAUGACCCAUCAUCAGGUAGGGUGCUGAUCGAUGGAAAGGACGUAAGGAAAUACAAUCUCAAGUCCUUAAGAAGGCAUAUGGCGCUGGUCCCUCAAGAGCCUUGCCUCUUCGCUGCCACCAUACAUGACAACAUUGCCUAUGGGCGCGAUUCCGUAACUGAGGCUGAGGUAAUCGAGGCUGCAACCCUGGCAAAUGCUCACAAGUUCAUCUCGUCUCUGCCAGACGGUUACGGCACCUGGGUUGGCGAGCGGGGGGUUCAAUUGUCGGGAGGCCAGAGGCAAAGGAUAGCCAUAGCCCGGGCUUUCAUUCGGAAAGCAGAGGUUAUGCUGCUUGACGAGGCCACGAGCGCACUAGAUACCGAGUCGGAGAAAUGCAUCCAGGAGGCCCUCGAACGUGCUUGUUCGGGGAGGACAACAAUCGUGGUUGCACAUCGGCUGUCAACGAUAAGGAAUGCCCAUGUGAUCGCUGUGAUCGACGAUGGGAAGGUGGCGGAACAAGGGUCUCACUCGCAUCUCCUGAACCAUUACCCUGAUGGGUGUUACGCCCGCAUGAUUCAAUUGCAAAGGUUUUCACACUGACAGGUUAUAGCAAUGGCGCCAGGCUCAACUUCUUCAGCACGCGCCAAGAUGAUCAGCAGAGAAGCCUUUUGAAGGGGAAAGAAAACACGAAUUUCAGGCGUAACCUUUUUCCCGGGGGGCUUUUGCCUUUUAGUGAAGUAUCUGAUUGAUAUAAUGCAAACCGUAUUUCUCUUCC